CAAAAGUAAAUAAUAUGCUAUGAGUCGAUAAUUUAAGUCAAUUUCUCUCCCGAAUUUCUUCGGAUACAAGUUUUUCUCCCUCCCUCUUUUAGAUUUUAGGGCUUCGUUAUCUUCUCGAUCCGCAAGCAAAAUUCGGUUCUCCCAAGCAGGACGAUCAUGGGGGUUUCCUUCAAAGUUUCAAAGACUGGCACUAGGUUUCGCUCCAAGCCCCUUCCCGCUCAUCCCGAACCUUCCAGCGAUGGCACCUCCCAGAAUUCAAUGUCAAUUUCCCGCGAGCCACAGAGUGAUCUCUCCGUGGCUGGCAAAAACUGGGGUCAGAUGUCCACUUUGUCCAUUCCAUCUGAACCUCUUUCAUUAGCAGAUGCGGAAGCUUCUUUCACAUUGAACCUGUUCCCAGAUGGUUAUUCUAUUGGAAAACCCUUCGAGAAUGAGAUAGCAAACCAUGCUAAGUAUCAAGAUUUCCCCAAGUUGUUACAUCCAUAUGAUAGGUCAUCUGAAAGCCUUUUCUUGGCUAUAGAGUCAGGCCACUUACCUGCAGACAUUCUGGAUGAUAUACCUGUCAAAUAUGUUGAUGGAGCACUGAUAUGUGAGGUGCGUGAUUUUCGAAGAUGUGCUUCAGAAAACGGGGCUGGUGUUGUGUCCACUGACAUGUCUCCUGUUGUUAAUAAAGUAUGCCUCAAGAUGUCAUUAGAGAAUAUUGUGAAGGACAUCCCAUCUAUCACUGAUAAGUCUUGGACAUAUGGUGAUCUAAUGGAAGUUGAAUCGAAGAUACUGAAAGCUGUACAACCAAAACUUCAUCUAGAUCCUACUCCAAAGCUAGAUCGGCUGUGUGAAAGUAGAGCUCCCACAAAGCUUAAUUUGAAUCUGGGCACUUUGCGGAGAAAACGAUUAAGGCAUAUUCCAGAGUUUGCUGUUACUUCUAAUAAUGAAAUCCAUGGUAGGAAAGUAUGCACGGAAAUAAUGCCAGAAAGCUCAAAUAGCAGGUUGGGUGAUUCAGGUAUGGUUGCAUCUAAUGCCAUUUUGCAGCAGACCCUUGAAAAUCCAGCAACGCAAAAUUUUAAUCCACAAAUUGCUAUGGCCUUGAGACCCAAGACUUUCAUACCAGAUUCCUCUGUCCCAGGAUUUUCUAUGUUGUCUAAUCAAUCAAGGUAUCAAAUGGCAUCUGCUGCUAUUAAUCAAUCUGGGGCAUCUCCUGCUUCACAGGAUGCCAUGAUUUCAUAUGCUGAUAAUACAAACUCAAAUGCCUCCAUUCAUGCAAAACGGGAUAGUCAACAUGGACAAACAUCACCUUUAUCCAAUCUUGCAAAAAGAAUGAGGCAUUCUUCCGCAGGUGUUGACACAAUGCAACAGCAGCCAGUUAGCACACAUUCUGAAGCUCUUCAAGGAUCGGAUAUGAACUGGCAGAAUCCAUUAUUGCCACAACAAGCAAUGACCAGAGGUAUUCAGUAUGUGAGCAGUGGUAAUCAGAAAUUUUCCCAGAAGGUAUUUGAAGGGGUGCUGAAUCAAGAUCAGGGGGCUGUUCAUUUGGCUUCUGGUCAGCAUGGUAUCAGAUUAGUUGCAAAGGAAGAACAGUUUGAAAUGGAUAAAUUAGAUGGCACAGAAAUGAACCGCAGUAUGCAAAUGGAGACAAGCAAUCUAGAUUCCCAACAGUUGCUGCUUCAGCAACGGUUGCCACAGGCAUUCAUGAGACCGAAUUUCCCUCAGACAACCUGGAAUGCUAUGGGUCAGCAUAUGGAGAAAGAAGCGAAAAAAGAAGACCAGGUUGUUCAGAAAAGGAAGUCAAUACAGAGUCCUCGUUUAUCUAGUGGGGCAUUACCUCAUUCGCCAUUAUCUUCAAAAUCAGGAGAACUUUCGAAUGGUUCAGUUGGACCAAGUUUUGGACAAUCUGCAAUGACAGCUGUAGCUGGUGCAUCACAAAAGGAGAAGAUAUCAAUGGCUUCAGUUCCUGCUGCUGUUGGAACACCACCUUUGACUUCUAAUGCUAAUGAUUCUGCACAAAGACAACACCAGGCACAACUGGCUGCCAAACGGAGAUCUAAUUCCCUUCCCAAGACCCCAGCAAUGAAUGGAGUUGGUUCUCCGGCUAGUGUUGGUAAUGGGGUUCCAUUGAAUGCAAAUAGUCCUGCAGUUGGUACCCCUGCUAUGGUUGAUCAAGGUCUUCAAAAUAUGCUUGAAAGGUUCUCAAAAAUUGAACUGGUCACAACGAGGCUUCAACUGAACUUAAAGAAGAACAAGUCUGAUGAUUAUCCCAUAAGAAAGCAGAAUACAUAUUCACCUCAGCAUUUGUCAGCUUUUCUUGCCAAUCCAAACAAUAAUGAAGGAUUGAUAGAGGAAACAAGUUCUUUGUCAAAGUCGCUCAUAGGUGGAAGUAUGAAUGUCUGCAAAAUGAGAGCUUUAAGUUUCUGCUUGCCGGAACGUGUACUCCAAGGAAAUGUUGUCUCUUUAGUUCCCAGGUUACGAAUUAGGAUGAUAAUGGCUGAGAAGCCAUCUGAUGGUACCGUGGCUAUGCAUUAUGGGGACAUUGAUGAGGGGGAUUUCCUAGCCUCAGAGGAACAUCUCCCCACAUUACCCAACACUCAUUGUGCGGAUUUGCUUGCAAAACAGUUCUGCUCCCAGAUGGCACGUGAAGGAUAUAUGAAGGAAGAUGACCGAAUCCAAAUCAUGCCAAACCGGGUAAACUUUCAAGCAGGAAGUCAAUCUAGUGUACCUCCGAAUAACUCUGUAGUUGAAAUGCAGCAAUAUGGAGACCCAACUAUUGGUCAAUCAUCCAAUGAAUUUGCAAAACCGGCUAGUAACAGUAAUGCCUCUUUAAACUUACCUCAGAAUCUUGUGGCAAACCCAAGGAUGCUACCACCUGGAAACCCUCAGGCCUUACAGAUGUCACAAGGACUUCUCUCUGGUGUUUCAAUGGCACCAAGACCACAGCAGCUGGAGGCACAAGCACUACAGCAGCAGCAACAGCAGCUACAACAACACACCCUCAUUCAACAGCAGAAUCCUCAAUUCCAGAGGUCUAUGAUUCUAGGAACAAAUCAAUUUCCACACUUAAAUGCAAUUGGCCAGAACUCCAACAUAUCAUUGGGUAAUCACAUGCUCAGCAAGUCUUCACCUCUACAAAUUCAGAUGUUACAGCAGCAACAGCAACAGAACCAACAGCCGCAAAUGCAAAGAAAAAUGGUGGGAUUGGGAACAACUGUGGGUUUGGGUAACAUGAGAAAUAACAUAGUUGGGCUUGGACCCAUGGGUAAUCCUAUGGGAAUGGGAGUGGGGCGAGGUAUAGGAGGAACUGGAAUCUCUGCACCAAUGACAUCCAUUUCUAGCAUGGGAAAUAUGGGUCAGAGCCCAAUGAAUCUUAAUCCAGCCUCAAAUAUUUCGAAUGCAAUAAGCCAACGGUUAAGGUCUGGAAGUAUUACUCCGUCACAGGCUGAAAUGUUGGCAUCGAAGCUUCGAAUGACACAUAAUGGAAGCAUGUUAGGAUCUCCUCAGUCUAGCAUAGCUGGCAUCUCAGGCUCCAGACAAAUUCACCCUGGUUCUGCUGGUCUUAUGUUGGGUCAAUCUCUGAGUAGGAGUAUGAAUACACUUCCACGAGCUGUUGGACCUAUGGGUCCACCUAAGCUGAUGGCAGCAGGGAUGAAUCUUUAUAUGAAUCAGCAGCAGCAGCAACUUCAACCCCAACAGCAGCAGCAACAGCAACAGCAGUUGCAAGCACAACAGCAAACACAGCAACUACAACAGCAACUUCAGCAACAAUUACAGCAGCAACAAGAAACAAGUUCGCAAUUGCAGGCAGUUGUUUCACCUCCACAGGUAAGCUCACCAUCUACGAUGGGAGUUCCAUCACUGAAUCAACAAACUCAGCAGCAAGCAAGCCCACAGCAAAUGAGUCAACGAACUCCAAUGAGCCCACAGCAGAUGAGCUCAGGGGCACUUCAUGCUUUGAGUGCUGGUAAUCCAGAAGCUUGUCCAGCUAGUCCACAGUUGAGCUCACAGACGCUAGGGUCUGUCAGCAGUAUAGCAAACUCACCUAUGGACAUGCAAGGUGUUAACAAGAGCAAUUCUGUCAAUAAUGCACAAUGAAGUUCCCUAAACCUUGGGUUGGGUCUUGAUCAAAGCUGCUGCUGCAACUGAGUUAUGCGGGAAGUGUAUUAAAGCAAGAGAAGGGAGUAAAUUAUUUGGGCAACGAAAUAUAUUUUGACCGAGUCACAAGAUUGAAACAGAGUAUAUAAACUCAUGAAGCUUACGGUGUGCUAAUUGGAAGUUACUUCAGAAGGAUUGACAUAUUAACAUAUUGUCAACUGUAAGUAGGUUCUUAUUUUCCACUGCACGUAUGAAAUUGAUAGCCCUUUAAAAUACUCUCGUGAACAGAAAUUUUCCAUAUUUAGGCCAAUGUUUGUUCAGACGUCUGCCCACGUUUCGGAGUGCAUUAUCAGCUUACAAUUUCUGGUAUAGGAAUGUGCCUCUUGCACAGUUGCUGGGCUCCCUGUGCAUGCAUUUUAGUGUUAAGAAAAAAUAUUUCACCAGUCUUUGGGUUGGUGGAUUGCCCGGCCUCAUGUAGUUUAAAUUUGAUGUAAACUAGCCGAUUCAUGGAAACGUCUUACAGUUUGUGCUUACUGUUGUCGGCUUGAUUGUUUGAUUAUUAUUUUUUGGUUAGAAUAAAGUUUAAUACUAUGGUUCAUAUUGAA